AUGGCUGGAGCACGAGGCGCUUUAAGAGGAGCAACACUGUAUGCUUUGAGUUGGCGAUGCCUCCCUACAGCAGAAAAGAUAUUUUACGAGAAUAGCAGUAGCAAUAUUGAUGUUGGGGAAUUGAACAUUCGAAUAGAGUUGGGAGGUUCUGCGAAAGCAAAUGAAAAUAAUUCAGAUGUAACAAUAUCGAAUUGUAAUAAAGUGGAGAAUAAUAGUUAUAAUGCGACAAAACAACUGAUUAUGCAAAGGUAUAAGGCGAAGGCGGUUCACUUGGAUUCGCCAAAUGCAGCGAAACGUUUUGAUAUGCCUUCUGGAAAUAAUAAUUCGCCAUCGACCAGUUCAGCUCCGUCGGCUGCUGUUGAACAGCCAAAUACGAGUGAACAAAGUUUUUACAACAUUAAUACGCCGAAAUCAACCAGAAAAUGGAAGAAAACGAAAGCCUUAAAACAGAGUUCAGUGAAAACAGAGUUCACACAUGGGCGAUCAUCUGAUAAGUCUGUGCCAUCAACUUCUGCACUUGGACAAAAAAUUGCUGAUUGUCGUACGAGUGGCGACGGAGAUUUGGUUCCACUGUUUAUUCAGUUAUGUGUGAAAGUAGUCGAAGCAUAUGGUAUGGAAACUGUUGGUAUCUAUCGAAUUCCUGGAAAUACAGCUGCAGUUAACGCUUUAAAAGAAACUUUGAAUCAUGGGAUUGACAAUAUUGAUUUUUCGGAUUCACGAUGGAAGGAUGUAAAUGUUGUAAGUAGUUUGUUGAAGAUGUUUUUACGAAAACUUCCAGAACCCUUACUAACCGAUAAGCUUUAUCCAAUUUUUAUCGAUGCAAAUCGUAUUUCUUCACAUCCGCAGCGAUUACGAAAGCUUCGAAAUCUGGUUCGAAAGUUACCAUCAGCUCAUUUUGCCACCUUGAAAUAUUUGAUGGGCCAUUUGCAACUUGUAGUGCAACAUAGUGCCGUUAAUAAGAUGGAGACAAGAAAUUUGGCUCUAAUGUUCGGGCCGUCGAUUGUUCGACCUAGUGAUGAUAAUAUGGCGACUAUGGUUACACAUAUGUCGGAUCAAUGCAAAAUUAUUGAAUCUUUUAUAACUUAUUAUGACUGGAUAUUCAGCGAAAUAGAUACUGGGGAUGAUGAAGUACCAGAAAUGGUGCCAUCGGUGUGUGAUAUUUCAUCAUAUGGGCACAGUGGUAAUUUAACUGCUGGUUUUGAAUCAGAUUCUUCUCAAGGCACUGUUAUGACAAAUUCUUUCAAUGAUAUGCAUAAUUUAAUUAGAAAAGCCAAUGAAGCAGAAGCAUUUGCCAUGAUGGAUGCACAGCGUAGUGGAAAGAUAAAAUAUAUCUUGAAUGUUCGACGAAAUUCCAAAAGAGAUAAAUCUCGAAAGCGUGAUCAUUCAGCUCAUGCAACACAUGUUUCAACAAUAUCUAAUUUUAGUAGUACCACUAGCACUCCUGGGAGUACGACAAGUAAUGUUGAGCACACGUUUUCUGGCGAAUUUCAAGAGCGUAAUAUUGAUGCUGAAAUAGCGUCUAGGAUACAGUUAUACACAGCUAGCAGUAUAGCCACUUCUAAUGCAUUAUCUGUUGACGAACCAUCACUAGAUUCAUGCUUGGAUUCUGUGGCCAAUAAUGCAGAAGUACAAACCGACAGUACUCGAGAAAAACUAAGUGAUGCUGAAGAAAUCCGUCGAAAAAGACAGCAGGAAAUAAGUUCAGCACGACGAAUAUUUAUAGCUGGCACAGAUGCUGAUCCAAUAACUGCUGAGUCAAAUUUGCAUCAUGCAGAUUUGGAUGAUCUCGUUAGUCAUACUCGCCAUUUAAAUCUUGCUACAUCACCAACACUCGAUGUCCUUAGCGCUGAAACGCGCGAAAAAAUACGACGGCUACAACAGUUACAGGGUUGGGCGACAACAGCAGUUGAACGUCGUGAAGCAGGAGUUUCAAAGCCAAAGCAUAUACCGAUGCGAAGCGCUAAUGAUGAAGUAAAUAAAUUAUUAAUGGGCAAAAAUGUGGAUGAUUUCUCAUCAACGGAUGCAUUAUCAUUAACAUCAGAUUAUAGUACAACAUCGUCAGCUCCCUUAACAAUGCCUAUGACUGUAUCUUGUGCUGAUCAUUUGGCUGCGAGUAGUGAUUAUGCUUCAUCAGAUGUAUCGCCUUAUGCGCGAAAUGCAAGCUCCUCACCUUAUCAACCUGAAAAUGAUUUGGACUCAGCGAAGGUUUUAUUUUUAAUUUUUUGCUGUUUUGCUUAUUUACAAAUAGUUUUCGAAGUAGUUACCGGUAAAACUGAUUCUCAUAUAAAAUUGAAAAAGGGAGCGGAUGUUGUGGAUAUAGACUAUGAUAUGUCCGAUUUCGCACUUUAUCCUUCGCAUUUUAUUUCUUUCAAGCCUAGGAAAAGGUCCAAGAGCCAACCAAAGAUUUAUUUUCGAAUGGGGGCUCUUAAUGAAGAAAAGUUGUCCAAUUUGAGUGAUAUUUCAUUAAAUGCAGACUACAGUGGAAAAUUACUCAUGAAUACGCGAAAUCAUGAUGAACACUGGAGGCGACAUACAUUCAGCGAUAUAGAUUCAAUCAAACAAUUCAUUAUGAAUGAAAAAAAUCGAAAAAAUAAAAUUUUGCAACAUGGAAGCCAAAAAGAGAGAAUUUCUAACGUCAACAAAUUUGCAAAAUGGAUUAAACAUAAUUUUCAUCUCUCAUCAUCAAAUAUCGAACAGGAACAGUUGUCGAGAUAUGAACAUGUGGAAAGCAAUGAACGGUUAUCAAGUGGUGAAGUAACUCCUCCAAGUGAGAUAUUACCAUCAUCUGGUGAUGAACAAUUGUAG